AUGGAGAACAUGGCUCCGUCGCCCGCUUCCGUAGGCCGUCACAGGUCCGCGGGACUGCAAAGCGGACCCAGCAAGGCUGAACCUCUCAGCCAUCUGACACCGCUGCAAGGGGGUUCGUCGUCGUUGUUGCAGGCAGGAGGAUCGUCGUCGUCGUCGUUGUCGCAGCGAGGCACGCCUAGAGCGGGGCUUGCGACGCUGACCGGCAACGUGCUCACGCCGCAGUCGCAGGCGUAUUGCGAUCGCACCAUCGCUGUCAAGACCCCGAACACUGCCACGAGGACUCGUCCCGUCCCCACGCGGUUAUCAGCCGCAAUCUCGGAUGAUUCCAACAUCCAAGUGAUCGUGAGGGUGCGACCGCCAGCAGGCCCUGAGCUGACGGGGUAUCCCGGGGCCAAGUGUGUGGCACAGGACAGCCCCCGGUCGCUGUUCCUAGUGAACCCGGACAGGGCAGGCGCAGCGGAGCAGUUCACAUUCGACCACGUGGCAGGGGAGAGCGCGGUGCAGGAGGACCUGUUCGAGCUGGCAGGGAGGCCUAUAGUCGAGAACUGCCUAGCUGGGUACAACAGCACUAUGUUCGCGUAUGGCCAGACGGGCAGCGGGAAGACGUACACAAUGUUUGGAGCUGACGUGGACAAGGCUGACGUGGACAGAUUGCGAGGGGAUAACGCUGACGUGGAGGUCGGGUCGAGGUGGGGGAUGAUCCCGCGAGUCUUCCAGCUGGUCUUCGCCCUGAUGCAACAGGAGAAGCAGCAGAGGGCGGGCGAGCGCCUCACGUUCAUCUGCACGUGCUCUUUCCUGGAAAUCUACAACGAGCACUUCUAUGACCUGCUAGACCCCAAGCGCUGCAACCUGCACAUCCGGGAGGGCCCCAAUGGCGUUUAUGUGGAGAAUCUCACCAAGCAGCCGGUCACCUGCUUUGCUCAAGUCAUGGAGCUCAUCCAGCGAGGAGCGAAGAACCGGCGGGUGGCGGGGACGAACAUGAACCGGGAGAGCAGCCGGUCUCACAGCGUCUUCACGUGCAACAUCGAGAGCACGUGGACGGUUGAGGGUAUCAGCAAUCGGCGCUUUGGUCAACUCAAUCUCGUUGACCUAGCAGGCUCUGAAAGGCAGAAGUCAUCAGGGGCCACAGGAGAGCGGCUCAAGGAGGCGAGCUCCAUCAACACCUCGCUCUCCCAGCUCGGCAAGGUGAUCAUGGUGCUGGUGGAGUCGCUGAGGGAGAACAGGCCUCGCCACGUGCCCUACCGCGACUCCUACCUCACCUUUCUUCUCCAGGACUCUCUGGGAGGCAACUCAAAGACCACCAUUAUCGCGUGCAUCAGCCCAUUCGCAGGGUCAUUCCGGGAGUCGCACAGUACGCUCAAAUUCGCACAGCGGGCGAAGCUGGUGCAUAACAAGGCAGUGGUGAAUGAGGCUGCAGAGGGCGAGAAGGACGCUCUCAAGAAGGAAAUCGCAAGGCUCAAGGACGAGCUUCAUCGACUGUACAAGCUCUGCACCUGCGAAGCCCGUUUGCUCCUCCCUGCCUCCUCCUCCUCGCCGCCCUUCUCCCUCCCUCACUCCCGCACCACCACACCCAGGACACCCCGCAACCCUGCCACCAAUGCUGCUGGUACCUCCACCAGUGCUGCUGCCUGCUCCCCACUGGCAAUAGCGUUGCAGGAGAGGGCGAACUCGCCCAGGCAUGUGCAGCUGCUGGGGGAGAUUGAGCGGCUGGAGCGGACGCUGGCGGGGUGCUUGCGCAGGGAGAGGGAGCUGGAGAGGGAAGUGGGCGUUCUGAGGGGCGAGAAUGCGAAGCUGAGGAAGCAGCUCGCUGCUGCUUCCGCUGCUGCUGCUACUGCUGCUCGUGGUGGGGGUGGGAAUCAGGUUGAUGUGAUGGGUGCUAACGGUGGUGCUGGUGAUGCUGGUGGUGCAGAGGGAGAGGGGAUGGAAGGAAGGUUGGCGACUGUGGAGGAGGGGGAGGAGGAGGAGGAGGUGGAGGAGGAGGGAAGUGGGUCGGAGGGUGUGCAGAGUGAUAUGGAGAAUCUGAAGGAUCAGUUGGCGGAGCUGCUGGUGCAGAAGGCAGCAGCAAGGGGCAGCACUCCCAUACCCCCUCCCUUUCAACCUUCCCCUCCAUUUUCUCACCACACGUAUUUCUCCUCACCAGGUGGCGGAGCUGUUGGUGCAGAAGGCAGCAGCGGGCGGGGGCCACGCGCAGGCGCGCAUAGAGGAGCUCACGCAGGAGCUGCAGGGCGCACGGGCGGAGCUGGGUCGCUGCAGGGAGCACCUAAGGCUGUGGCAGAGCUGUUGGUGCAGAAGGCAGCAGCGGGCGGGGGCCACGCGCAGGCGCACAUAGAGGAGCUCACGCAGGAGCUGCAGGGCGCACGGGCAGAGCUGGGUCGCUGCAGGGAGCACCUACGGCUGUCAGAUGCUGCUAACGAGCAGCUGGCGAGGCAAACGAAAGAGAUGGAGGCGGAGAUGCAGCUGCUGGCUGCUCAGAACCUCUCUCUGGAAGAGCAAAUCAGCUCUCUCAAGGCUCUAAACGCCAAUACCUCCUCCUCCGCGUUCCAGAGAGGCCUCACCACACAGAAGGGAGGUCUUACCUCCGCACCCACUCCCGUCCCAUCAGUCGCCCGUGCUGCUGCCCCCAGCACUCUCAUUCCCACGCCUCUGGUCACCACCACUCGGGGCGCUCAUGUCACCACUCCCAGCAGCGGCGGGUUUGGUACCGCACUGGGGGCAGGCAUCAAUAGGAAUCUCGAGGAGGCGUUUUCUGGCGCCAAGGGGUUUGAGACUCCGCUUUCAACGAGGGGCAAGGGUGCUACAGCAGGAAGAGGCGGAGGCGGAGGGGGAGGAGGAGGGGGAAGAGUGGGAGGUAUGGAAUGUGUGGUUGACUGUAGGUCUUCACUCAGGCAUGUGGGGAAGGAUCAGGACCGGUUCAGGCAGCAGAGGUUGGAUUUGGACUCGGCAAUUAAAGGGAAACUCGAGGCAGAGUGGGCUAAUAGCGCGCUCAAGGCGAAUCUGAAGCUCCAGGAGCAGGAAGCGAGGGAGCUUGUAGAGAGGAUGCAGACGGAGGAGGGGCGGAGGCACGAGGCGGAGAGGCUGGCGGAGGAAGCGGAGAGAGAGGUUCGGGAAGCGGCCGCCGCGGCUGCGGCGUUGGCUCGGGAAAAAGCUUCGGUGGAGGAGCAGCUGCGGGCGAUUCAGGAACAGGUUCGGGCGCUGCAGGGUCGAGAGGAGCGGAGCGAGGAGGAGAAGAGGGAUUUGGAAGAGGCGCUAAGGAGGGAGAGGGAUUUGGGGGAGGAGGCGGCACAAUUGGCGGAAGCAGAGUGGAAGAAGACUCAAGAGGCGACUGCUAGGAGGAUUGCUGCAGAGAGGAGCCUUCAGAGGACGAUGGAUGAGGCGAAGAAUCUGCGGGGAUUGCUGGAUGAUUCGGAGGAGACGAAGGCCAAGUAUGUGAGGUUGAAGCAUGAGCUACGGGCGGCGUUACAGAGGCUGGUGAAGGCGGCGGAACAGAAGGUGGAGGAUGAGAAGGCGUUGGAGAGGAUGAGGGAGGAAAUGGGUGCGGUGAGAGCGCAGGUGUUGAGUGCAGGGGAGAGGGCGGAGGAGGCAGAGAGGAGGGUGAGGGAGGGCGGGGUGGUGGGUGCGGGAGGUGAGGUGGGGGAAGGGGGAGUUGGGGCGGGUGUUGGGGGGGAUGAGGUGGCAGGUGGGGAGGGUGACGUGGUGGAUGCGGGGAGUGAGGUGGCAGGAGGAGAGGUGAGGGUGAGCGAGGGGGAGGAGGUAGAGAGGGAGCAGGCACAACGGCUAGUGGAUGAGCUUAUGAGGAAGGUAGAGGAAUUGGAGGAGAACGGGCGGGAGGCGGAGAGGAGGGCGGAAGAGGAUGCGGUGAGACUGGCGGAGGCAGUGAGGAAGGUGCAGGAGGCGCAGGAAGAAGCGGCUUUGGCAGGGGAGAGAGUGAGAGAGAGGCUGGAGGAAGAGGAGAGUGUGAGAGCGAGGCUGGAGGUUCUGGAGGGUCUGAUGCAGAGUGAGGAGGCAGAAGCUGUCAGGGCGAAUGCAGAGGUGAUGUUGCUGCAGGGGAUACUGGAAGAUAUGGAAGGUAUUGGUCGGUUUGGAAUGGUGAAGAUGGAAGGAGAAGGGGGGCUGGAGCAGGGGCAGUCUCGGGAAGAGCUGGAGGGGGAGUUGUUGCAGGUGCGAGAGGAGGUUGAGGGGAAAGAGGAGGAGAUUCGGAGGCAUAAGGAGGAGUUGGAGAGGAGUCGGAGGGAGUUGGAAGAGGUGACGGUGAAGCUGGGAGUGUGGGAGGACACGUGGGGGGCCUGGGAGACUCACCGGCAAGAGGUGCAAUAUCCAGGGGGAUGUUGGUAUGACAUGGGUGUGAGGUAUAACUGGGGGAGGGUGGUUCUGGAGCUGGUACAGCGAGAGCUGAGGGGGGUGAAGGAGGGGAAGGAGAGGGCGGAGGAGGAGAGGAGAGAGGCGGAUGAGGCAGUGUGGAAAGCGGAGAAGGAAGUGAGGGCUUUGGUGGAUGAGAAUGGGGUGCUGAGGGGGCGGUUGGGGUUGGAGGAAGGGGAUGUGGUUCCGGUGCCGGGGAAGGGGAGGAGAGAGAGCUUUGAGCUUGCAAUUGGGGCGCUUAGAGCGAGGAUUUGGGAUGGGAGGGUGAGGGAGAGGGAGUUGGAAGGGGAGGAAGCGAGGGUGGAGAGGGAGAGGAGGGUGGUGGAGGAGAGGAGGAGGGAGGUGGAGGAGAGGAGGAGAGAGGUGGAGGAAAAGAGGAGGCGGGAUGAGGAGGCGGGUGAGGGGGGUGUGCUGGGCGAGGAGGGUGUGCUGCAGGAAGAGAGGGAUCGGGAUGAGAUAUCAUCAGAGAUGGAGGGGAUAGGAGUGGGGAGUAUCGAGCGGGAAGAGGUGUUGGGAACGGGGGAGAUGGGGGAGAUGGGGGAGUUGGCGGAAAUGCCUGAGGUGGCGGAGAUGGGGGAGAAGGGGGAGGUCACACCGGCAGUGCAGGCAGAGGGGGAAGGGCAGCGAGCGAAGGAGGGUAGGGGGCAGACGGAGGAUGAGAGAAGGAUGGAGGAGGAGCGGCUGAGAGCAUCGUCUGCUGCUCUGGAGGGGCAGGGAGCACAGAUGGAUGCUGAAUUGGCAGGGUUUAGGGCGGAGAGGGAGAAGCAGAGGAGGGAGGUGGAGCAGAUGCGAGCAGUAAGGGAGGUUCUGGAGCGGGAAAGGUGGCUGUUGGAUCAGAGGGGGGAGUCUGGGGUGGAGGAGAAGGUGGAGAAGGAGAAGGAGAAUGGGGAGGAGGAAAAGGGGAAAGGAGAGGAUGAGGGGGAAAGGAGGAGCGAGGAGAAGGGAGAUGGGGAAGGGGUUGGGUGGGAAGAAGGUGGGGAGGAGCAUGGGAUGGGGGUCCUGAGUUCUCCUGUUCGUGCUGCCGACGUGGGAACAGAUGGGGUGUCAGCAGUGAGCUUGCAGCAGCCACAUGCCACUCCAGUGCUCUUCUCGGCUUCUCGUGAACUGGGGAGAGGGAGGCAGGGUGGGAGAAUGAGCUUGCCUGCACGUCUGGAUGGAAGUGUGGUGUGUGCUGCUGGCGGUUUGGAGAGUGGGAGGGAGGGAGCGGUGGGGAGUGGUGAUGAAUGGUGGAGUGGGAGGAUGGAGAGGGAGAGGGAGAGGGAGAUGGAGAUGGAGAGGAAGGAGGGCGAGGUGAAGCAGCUGGUGAAGCAGAUUGAAGUUCUUCAGAAGGAGAACCGCCUGCUUCACGCCCAGCUGUGUGCAUCGGAGCAGUCGGUGCGCGGCUCACUCGCUGCCAUGAGCACUCCAGCUCCCACGCGGGCAAGGAGCAGACGAAGCACACAAGACGGGUCACCUGGAGCGACGGAUAUGAGCAUGAGCAUGGGCAUGGGCAUGGGCAUGGGCUCCAUUCUUGAAGCAGCAGGAUCGGCAUCAGAGUCGGGUAUUGGAGGCAGUGAAGCGGCUGCGGAUGGGGGAUGCUCGCCUGAUGCAGCAGGUGCAGCAGCAGGAGGGGCAGCAGUGGAACUGCUAAAGGCGAAAGCACUGAGGAGGCACCAGCAAGUGCUGCAAAAGGAUCACGAGAUUCGCCAGCUUCGCACGCAGCAAGACCUCCUCCUUCACGAGAAAGACAAAUUUCUGGUGGAGAUACAGCAGAUUCGGUCAGAGGCAGUGCUGCAGAGGAGCAUGGCGGACAAGUGCAUGCAGAAGAACCACACGCUCACGCAGGAGAAUGCUCACCUCAAGCAACAACUGGAGGGCGUGCAGCAGCAGUUGGAGAAGGCAGAGGGCGAGCUUGUGGGGCUGGUGGGGCAGCACAACCCGAAACAGCGCAUUCACACGUUUUCCAAGGUCAAGGUGGAGAACAGCACUCUGAGGGCGCAGAACGAGGAGAUGGCAGCAGCAGUGAAGCGCAUGGAGUUGCGAGUGAAGCGGCUGGAGGAGGAGGUGGGGCGGCACAGGAAGAAGGCGGGGCAGGCAGAGAGAAUUGAUUUUGAUGAGGAGGCGAGGCUGCAGCAGCGACUGGAGCAUGAGAGGAAGGGGGGGCAGGCGGAGAAGAUUGGCUAUGAUGAGGAGGCGAGGCUGCAGCAGCGACAGGAGGUGGGUGGGUGGGAGGUGGAGAGGGGCAGUGCUGACGUGGCACAGAAGCUGCUCACUGUCUGCCAAGCUGUCCUCCAGAUAACUGAGGGUGCAGCAGAUACAGAGAACGGCGGUGAGAGCAGCAGCAGCAGUGGUGGAAGCAGCAGUGUGGGAGAGGGGACGUUAGGUGCGGACCCAUCGGGUGCGGCCCUAGCGGCUCUGAACGCUCUCAAGUUCAGGAUCAAAGCUGCAGACGACGAGAUCAGCGACCUCAAGUUCCAGGCACGCAUGGCCGCAGAAAAGGCAGACCUAUGUGAGCUCCGAGAAAAGAACUCCAUCGGUCACACGGCACAAGUGCUCUCUCCUCCGCUUCCACCCCAGUUCUUGCCAACGCUCGACUCCAUUCCUGCAUUGGCGGAUGAAAAUGCACCUGCUACUGUUGAGGCACCCUGA